AUGCUUGUGGAAGCCACCAACCGCGCGAAGAUUAUCCAGUGUGACGAAUCGUUGCACAUUCAGGGCAGCUAUACUAAUAAAAUCUAUUCUGGCUGCUAUGACGACAUUAAUCCUUUCUUUUCAGAGAGCAAGGCUAAGCACCUCAACUCAUAUGCUGCCAUUGCCAAAGCUCACGGGGAACCUGAGUUGGCCUCCAAAAUUUUGGAUGCUCUACUAAUGCCUUUCCCUGACAAAGACACCAUCUAUGCUCUCACAGAUUCUCGACUUCUCGACGACUUGUUACUAUUGCUACCCUCGCCUUUUCGGUCCGAAAUGUUUGAUGACCUUGUCUCAAAAGAGUGGUAUGUCCUUUCGGAUAUCGACAAAGAGGAAGAUGAAGGUCCCACGAAAUUGAAGAAGUUCUUUCUCUAG